GGGACCUUCAAAGCUCCCAUUUCCUCAACUAAAAACUAACAACUAAAAAUCGUCAAGAUGAACAACUUCGGCGUGAUAGAGCUUGCAAGUACCAAAACCACCAAUGCUCCAGGCUGGGCCUAUGUGCCCGACACAGCCCCUCACUUAGCAGCAGCAUCGCUCCAAACAGGGAACAGAAAAAGAGCUGCUCGCAACCAAGUGACAAACACCAGUGCCUUAUACGCCGAUGCCGACGCCCGCCAGGAAGCAAAACUGCGCCGGGAGAUCGAGGCCCUCGACCGCGAUAAUUACCACCGCGACGUGAGCAUACCCAUCGUAGCGAAGAGCAAUAAUAGCAAGGCAGGCGUGAAGAAACACACCCCCAACGUCCGCAAGAUCCUACAGUCCCAGAAGACGUUCGCAAACCACCUCGACGACUUCGAAGCCCUCCUCGCACAGGAGAAAUCCAAUCCAAGCGCUGCUGCUUCCGCUGCCGCCACUGCUGCUGCCACGGCGGCUGCUUCGAAUGCAGGGAGUUCGAAAAAGAGUGCCGCAGCAGCAGAAAAACACCAGCAUAAAAACAGCAAAAAGUCUUCCAAGUCAAACAUAUCCCGCUCAGCAUCAAUUUCCAAAGCCGCACCAGCCGUAAAACAAGAAGACGACAUCGAGAUGUCCGACGCGCCCCAAACCGCCGCCCCAACAAAUCCAUCCUCCUCCUCCACCUCCACCUCCACCUCCUCCUCCCUCCUAACGCCAUACUCGCGCCCCGGACACGGACACGGACACCCCCCCUCUCACCCCCAAGACAACGACCCCCUGCUCGCCUCCCGCGUGCCCGCGCUACCCACCGAAGCCGAGCUGCGAGCUCUCGUAUCCGCGCCGCCGCUAAGCUACGCCGAGGCGCGCGGGCGCUGGACGGCAUCCGACGACGGGAGGAAGUAUCCGGCGCGCGUGUUCUGCGAGGUGUGCGGGUAUUGGGGACGCGUGCGGUGCAUGCGGUGCGGGGUGCGCGUGUGCGCGCUGGAGUGUCUGGAGACGCAUCGCGAGGAGUGCGUUUCGCGGUAUGGGUUGUGAUUUGGGUACGUACGUACACGUGCAAGCAACGUUUACCUACCUACCUAGGUACCUACCUACCUACCGAUUUAGUGUAGUUUAAUUCGAACGGGGACCUCUAGUUGUAGGUACAGAGAUUGAUUGGGGUGGGAUGGCUUCAGUGGGAAGAAGUUUGGGCUGUUGGGGAAUUUACAAUAGGUAGUGGUAUUUGUGCUUUAUGGGCUAGCGAAAGACUCUAGGCGUCCGGUUAUAAAAGGGGGUUGGUUCUCUAUUACUCUGUUAUAUAUAUGAGAGGACAAGGCGCAGAACGAUCAUGUUAGAAAGAUACCCAGUCACAGUACAAUACAAGCAAAAUCAUUAUUUAAA